UUCUUCAAUGUUUCUCGAGAUAUUUUUUUUAAAACAGAAUAAUGACUUUUGUUGUUUUAGCUUUUUUGCAAUUGACUAUUGUUCGAUAAUGUGUUCUAUUUGUUUGAAUGGUUCGGUGAUGUUUUUGAUUCCGAUUGUUUUGGGGAUUAGGGUUAGAGUUACGUUGUCAUAAAUGAUUUGAUACAUGCGGAAUGUUUUGGAGGAUUAGAAAUGGAUUGGAUACAAUUAUGUUACAUGUGUCCCGAUUAAUUUUGAUUUUAUUCUAAGUUCAAUUGCCUUCUAAAAUUAAUUCUUCGUUGUGUUAUGUUUUUUUUCCUCUUAGUUUUGUUUUCGUUGUAAAUUUUUGUUGAAAUCGCUGUGAAAAAAGAAUUGUGGUACAAAAGGAACAUUUUGUGUUGUGGUUAGCUGGAUGUAUAUUGAGCUGCGAGAUGGUGCACGUUUUCUAAGAACACAUAUCAAUUGGCGCAUCUUUUAGAGUGUUUUAAGAGGGCGUUUCAAAUAGAAGUAUUUGCUAACAAAUUGACGGUAUGUUAAAGAAUCACGGACUGAUUGUUUCCUCUUAGAUUGGGUUGACAGUGGUUUAUCCGUUUUGCCAUAAAUCCCGGGGUUAUAAGGAUGAUAGUUGCGUGAGCAGCUAAUUGCUGACUGAAUAAACAAAUAAAAAUUUAUACCUUAGCUCAACUUUGGGAGCAAGGAGAAGAAUUGGUGCUUCCAGUUUGUUGCCGAGGGAAGUUUUUAUUGCACCAUUGCAUUCAGGAUGAUAAGUUUGGAUUUCCAUUGCUAAGGCCUUUGAUGUGCUAUCCCUUUCUGAACUAGGCUGCUUAAAGGUGCAAGUGUUACAGGGCUGAAUGGUUUGGCUCUUUGUGAGGGAUCAAAUUGAAACAGAGCUUAAAAACUGUGGACAGGAUAUUCAUGGCUUUUUGUUCGCUCUACGAUGUGGGUAAAGAUCAUUUGCUCUCCAGUUAUCUCUCUGAAAGAUGUCAUCCGCUUCAAAAUCCAAGUCCAAGGAAAAAAGGGUAGGAAAGGAACAGAAAACUCCAUCAAAGUCCUGCAUAGCUGUAAAUGGAGGCAAUGGACUGCCAGCUAGUGCGUAUAACCCAUUGUUAGGAACAUUUCAUACCCUCGAGGCAUCAUCCACAUUAUCAGUUCCAGCACUUAAUGUAAAUGGUCGUUUUCGCAAUAUAGAUGAUUCCGAUGAUCAUAGUGGGAGUACUCAUGGAAGUGGAGGUGAGUAUGAUUCUGCCUCCAAUCAAGAUAGCCGAUCCGUGGAGUCAGAAGAGCACAAUAAAGAGAAAACAUCAAAUGCUCCGAUCAAGCAGGAGGUAAUCCCAGGGGCUGACUACGAGAGGCGAGAAAAAAUACGUCUGAAAAAUGAGAAGAAGCACCAGCGUCAGAAAGAAAGACGAGCCCAAGAAUUGCAUGAACGCUGCUGUGGCUAUCUUAUGUCAAGAAAGCUUGAGGUCCUUGCCCAGCAGGUUGUGGCCAUGGGAUUUACUCACGAAGGAGCAACCAUGGCUCUUAUACUAAAUGAAGGUCGAGUAGAAGCAGCAGUUAAUUGGCUUGUAGAUGAAGAAAAGGGAGGUAAUAAGCAUAAAGUUCAAAAUCUUGACACAGGGAGUAAUUUGAAGAUUGAUAUCUCAGAAGAACUUGCUCGGAUUGCUGAAUUAGAAAAAAAAUAUAUUUGCUCAAAGCUAGAUGUUGAAAAAGCCAUAGUGAUAUGUGAAGGUGAUUUAGAAAAGGCUGAAGAAAAUUUGAGAUCACAAAAGCAGGAUCAACCAGCUCUUUUGCUUAAGCCAGAUGAAACUGGCGAUCCCCCACGUUUUAGUGAUGGUAAGACAUCUGUAGCACCUAGUCAGAGCGAUGUUAGGCUGCUGCAAGCAAAGCCCAAUUUGGCAACUUUGGUACCCCAGAGAAGGGAUGAAAAGGAUUUUAAUUACACUAAAGCUGCAGUUUCUGGAGCGCUGGCCCCCAAACAGUUUCCCAUUGCUGUUCAACCUCUUUCAGGAGCUCAAGCCAAGUUAGAGUGGGCGAGACCUCGGCAAAUUGCUUCAACAGCAGAGAAAAGGUGGCCAGUUGGAGCAGGGUCGAGCCCUUCAGUUUCAUAUUCUUUGGCACCACCUCCACAGGUAUCACCUCCGCCGACCAAGGUAGAUUCAAGAUAUGCUACUCAUGGUAAUGAAUUUAAGAAUCUUCAGUCAGGAUCAUUUAGAGAGCCUGUAGUUAUGAUGCAGCGGCCUCAGUCUGUAAAUGCCAAACCAACCCCUGCAACAAGCAUUAGCUCCUCUGCUCCAGGCACAAGCACUUUGCGAUAUCCUAAUAGUUUGGAAAUUUUGAAGCCAAACGGGUUAUUGCCUCACAUACCUAGCGCUAAAAGUCUCGGUCUAAACAACCUGACUGCAAACCAAUUUUAUCACCCUGCACAAUAUCAACAACAGCAGCAUCAACAUCAACAUCAACAGCAACAUCAACAACAUCAACAUCAGCUGUUUAUGACGCGUAGUAGUCAAGAGGAUAAUCCAGGUUCCAUUCGUAGUAAGUCUUCAUGGUCCAAGAUAGGUGAGAUUCCGACGCUCGCACCUGCAUCCUCGUUAGGGCUUUUUUCUGGGCUGGGUUCAACCUGUACUUCAGGGUCAAAAUCUGCUGUGGAUUGGAAUACUAGUGGCUCAAUGCCAUCAUGCGACUAUAAUAAUAUAGAUUGGAGCUUGGAUAGCAAUUUCCUGUCUACGAAGCAAAAUAGGUUUUGGGUCGGGGCGGCACCCUACUCUAGGAGUAAAGGGGCUCAUCUGUAUGAACCAGGAUCCUCUGCCAUGGGUGUUAAUCUGGCUAUGAGACCGUCAUCUUCUCCAAAUAGUAGUGGUGUAUCAAUAUUUGGGUUACAAGAUAGUGUAUUGGGUAUGACCGAUCCAUCAGGUGCCAAUUCUCAAGAGUGGACAUCUCCUUUUGAGGGGAAUGAUCUCUUUAGCAUGCCUAGACAGUUUGUUUCUUCUCCCACAAAACAGUGGAGAAAUUUUGGAGAAUAAAAGUAAAAAAAAAAAAAAAAAAAACCUAAAAAAAA